AUGUCCAUUGAGGGUCGGGGAGGAGAGAUCGAAGGGGAGUCUGUUUUAAUGGAGAAUAUUAUGGAAGAUACUGUUAGCAGAGCUUCCACCAGCGGUGGUGGGUCUAGCAACUUCCAAUCCGUUCCUCUCCCGUCAACCACCACAUCUCCUUCCUCCCCUCACCCGUUCGCACAAUCACUCUCCACCUCCCUCACUCUUCUCCUCCGCUCCCUCACACUCGCCCUCCCCCACCUCCUCUCCACAACUCUACCCGGCCUACAAUCCUCACUUCACCUACUCCCCCCUUUCGGACCCUCCUCACCGCACAAAUCUCGUUCUCCCUUCACCACCAACGCCUUCCGCGGGGGAUCCUACGGCGGUGGUAACAGCAGCUUCCCAAGUAACCUUUUCUCUGGUCCCCCUUCCACUGGGCCUAUCUGGCCUUGGGCCCCUGGUGGUUCUAGAGCCCAUCGCAAGGUCACUGACCUUCUCCUCGCCGUCAACGCAGCCGCUUUUCUCCUCCAAAUCCUCUCCAACAACCGCCUUCUCUUGCUCGGCGCAAAAGUCAACUCUCUCAUCCACCAAGGCCAGUACUACCGUCUAUUCUCAUCCGCGUUGCUUCAUGCUGAUCUUCAACAUCUUGUAGUGAAUUCCCUUUCGCUGAAUACAAUCGGCCCGGAUGCUGAGUCGCUGCUUGGGGGCCGGCGCAUGGCUGGCAUCUACGUGGCGUCAGCGCUGGCCAGCUCAGCAUUGAGCCUCGUGCUCAACCCUUCGCCCUCUGUAGGUGCAUCUGGAGCGAUUUUUGGGCUUGUUGGGGCUUUGGGGGUGUUCUUUCUGAGGCACAAGAAGCAGCUGAGCUUGAGGGGUUCAGCAUAUUUGCGCGGCUUAGGCAGUACAGUCAUGUUGAACCUGGUUCUGGGCGUUCUUUGGAGGAACAUUGAUAAUUCGGGGCACCUUGGUGGCCUGCUUGGCGGUGCAGCAGCGGCAUGGUUGGUUGGGCCAAGGAUUAUCUCAGCUGGGUUUCCCCCUAAGCUGUAUGAUUAUCCUCCUAUUGCAGAGCUCGUCGCAACGGUGUCAACCCUCGCGUUCGCAAUCAUCCUGCAGAGUUCCGAAGCCGCUGAUGAUGGCCCACGGAAUGGUAGUGGUAUGUAUGGGAAGGUUCUGGAACCCACCCUGGACACGGUCCACAUGGAAGACCUGCCCGGAUUUACUCGCAGCGCGGUGGCAAGGGACCACGCCCUGAUCACACCGGAAAGCCGAGUCUUUAGCCCACUGCCCGGAUGGGAAAACACUCUCUCAGCACACCUCGUUACCCCUGCCAUUGGUGCACACUUCGCCAUGUCUCUGCUUCGGCUCUCAGGCAAUGCCUCCUCCGCCCCUCCAGUGGCUGGAGUGGAAAGGUUUGUGUUUGUGGUAUCAGGGCAAGUCAGCUUCAUUCAGUACGGCACUCCAGGAGAGACCAACAAGGGAGGUGCAGCCAAUGAGUGCCCGACAGCUGGCGAUGCUGGGAGCGCCUCCACCUGCACAAGCUCCAUUGUUCGGCAGGAGGAUCUUGCGGCCGACUCCUAUGUGUAUCUUCCACCAAACAUUCCCCACUCUUUGGCCUCUGCGUCAGGAGCUACACUCGUGCUCAUUGAACGAAGGUACUGCCCUAUAUCGGGCCUCGCUACAGCUACAGAGGUGGAGAGCGGUUCAGAGGGGUUGGCGGUAGUGUUGGGACAGACGCACAAGCAACCCAUUCUGCCAGUCCCUGGGGAGGUCUUUGCUCUGCGCAAGCUGCUUCCCACUACCACUCCCUAUGACUUCAACAUUCAUAUCAUGGACUUUGAGCCGGGGGAGUUUCUCAAUGUGAAGGAAGUGCAUUACAAUCAGCACGGACUGCUGCUGCUGGAAGGACGGGGAAUUUACCGUUUGGCUGAUAGCUGGUAUCCCGUUCAAGCAGGCGAUGCAAUCUGGAUGGCUCCUUUUGUUCCCCAGUGGUAUGCAGCACUGGGUAAGUCCCGAUCAAGAUAUCUCCUUUAUAAGGACGUCAACCGUGACCCGCUGACCCAUCCGUCUUGUUGA